CAUUACAAGUCCAGCCACAGCCACUGCAUGAACUGGCCUGGAAGAGCUGAUUGCACGGAGCUGCUCUUGCUACUGCCUGCCUGCCUCACUCGUGCUCUUUCGAACACGGUAACAAGAGGACAAGCAGCCCUUCUGAGCACGCUCUUCAGUCAGGUGUCUGACACGCAGGAACUGUAGAGAACCAGGACAAUGGCUGCCAGCAAGAACAAGAACCAGAGUUCUCUUGCUCUCCACAAAGUAAUCAUGGUUGGCAGUGGAGGUGUGGGCAAGUCGGCACUCACACUUCAGUUCAUGUAUGACGAGUUUGUGGAAGACUAUGAACCCACAAAGGCUGACAGUUACAGGAAGAAAGUGGUUCUGGAUGGUGAAGAGGUCCAGAUAGACAUACUGGACACAGCAGGACAGGAGGACUAUGCAGCCAUUCGAGACAACUACUUCCGCAGCGGAGAGGGGUUUCUGCUAGUGUUCUCCAUAACGGAGCAUGAAUCCUUUACAGCAACAGCAGAGUUCCGGGAACAGAUCCUGCGCGUGAAGGCUGAAGAGGACAAAAUACCUUUGCUCGUGGUGGGAAACAAAUCCGACUUGGAAGAGCGCAGACAGGUGCCUGUAGAGGAGGCCAGAACUAAAGCAGAGGAGUGGGGAGUGCAGUAUGUAGAGACUUCUGCCAAAACUAGAGCAAAUGUGGAUAAGGUAUUCUUUGAUUUGAUGAGGGAAAUCAGAGCGAAGAAAAUGUCAGAAAACAAAGACAAGAAUGGCAAGAAAAGUGGCAAGAACAAGAAAAGCUUUAAAGGAAGAUGUUGCUUACUGUGAUACUUGGGAACUGUAAAGAUCUACAGAUGGAAUAAGACACUUACCACUAAGGAUAUAGGGCUGGAUUCAUGGAAGGAAGUCUGUAUUAACUUUUUUUUAUUCACGUAUCGCCUCUUCAAAAUGCAAAAACUUUGACUUACGAACCAUUUAGGGGUCAGCAGAAACCUGAGCCCACUUUACACUGAGAUGGUUUUGCCUUCCCAGUAACAUUGAAGGCUACAGUUUUUACCAGUAAAUGUAGCAUUAUAGGGGUGAUUCUGCCUGCUGUAGAAGUAUUCCCAUAUGAAUUUCAUAAUAGUAUCUCAAUGCUUCUUUGAAAUCUGGCUUUUCCCGAAGCUGCAUUGGUUUAAAAGUCACGCAUCAAAUUUUGGGUUGAACUUACUGUCUACACUCCCCAACUUCAAAAAAGUGGAUAAACCCAAUAUCUGGUAAGGCUUUGAGUUUCAGUCUUGGGUAUGGUGGUUAUACACUCCUCUUCCCCCUUCUUUACCCUCCAUCCCCUCAUUCAGCCUCUCAACUGUAAGAUCUACUUGAUGUCUCAGUACUUUGAACUGACACAAGGGAGUCCUACCUCCAAUGGUUGUUGGCUUCUGCCUGCCCAACAGUCAAUGCAGGAUUCAUUAAUCAAGCUUGUACACUCAAUUGGACCUUAUUUUGGUAUUGUAACACUUAAUAUUUAAAAUACCGGCCAGCUGUGUUCCCCCACUGGCCUCACUCUUUUCUCUCAUAAUGCUUAAAUUAUUUGGAGGGGUGGGAAAAUGACCUAAAGCCUUCUUUUAAAAAAAAAAAAAAAAAAAAAAGUGGAGAUGCCAGUUAGAAUGACCUUGAUAGGAAGUGUUGAGGCUACACUGCUAAAGUCACUUUUCUUUUUUUUCCUUCCUCCCCUCAAUUACCUAGACUAGAGAAAAAGUGUAAUUCUGUUUACUUCUUGCACUAGCAAUCAUGUUGGAGAUGUAGAAACUGCAUUUCUGCUCUCUCUUGUUUAAGACUAACACACACUUUUGAGGAAGGAGAUGGACCACAUCACAGCACCAUAAAGCUGAAACCAGUGUGAGGCUUCACUGCUACCUCUCAGCUUGACACAAUUACUUAGCUAGGAAGUUGCUAAAUGUCCAACAGCUAGGUUAAGCAACUGUCACUCUUUUUGUUAAUGCUGUUAACUUUUUAAUAUAUUAUUCCUCAUGCACAUGUAUUUAAAGUAUGGAAACACUUCAAGGUUUGCUUUUUAGUUUUACUGAAAAAGUCACAUUCCUAAAUCAGGGAGGGAAGGUCGGUAUUUAGCAGUUCAUAUCUUCUGUCAGACAGUUUACACUAUAAUAUUAAAAGGGUAGUUCAGUAGAUUUAAAUGGAGGGGAAAAAGUCCUUCUAGGUGUUGCUAUUGCAGAGAGAAUCAGUUGAUUUCUUUCUGCUUCUGGAAUGCAUUUUAUACAACUGGUUAGUAAAUGAUGGUAAGACCCCUAACAUGGAUUAUAAUCAACUGUAGACAGAAGUUUCCCAUUUAAAAAUUAGUCUUUUUUUUUUUUUUCUAACUACUUAAUCUAGCUUGUUCCAAGUUCAUUCAAAUUUGGCUACAGGGAGAAAAGAAGCUGAGGGAAAUGCUGUUGUAAAGUCUUCAAUAAGCACUAAAUCAACCUUAUUACUCCUGCUUUGGGAGGGUGAGGGUACAGAGGCAGGGAAAAUUCAAAGGUGAUUAUUGUAACUCUAAAGUUACUAGAUUGUUCCUAUAACCACAUUGCUGCUUUUGUGCAUCCCACUUGAGGAUUUGGAAAGGAAAACUAAAGGUCAGCCUUGUGGAGGCCUUGGACUGAAGUCUUGCAGGGACUUCAGAGUUUCUCAGCCUGCAGAUUCAUUGUCUUCCAUGUCUUGGUUCUGUUUGUCAGGUUAACCCAUUUGAUUGGGAAAACUGUACAUCUAAUAAAGGGUGCUGUAAUCUG